AUGAAGGUCCUCUGUCUACACGGGAAAGGCACAAGUGGAACCAUCUUCCGCUCCCAAAUUUCUUCAUUCCGCUCCAGACUACCCGGCGAAUCUAUUGAGUUUGAUUUCAUCGACGGUCCAUUCCAGUGUACCCCAGCUCCAGGCAUAGAUCUAUUUUACAGCCCACCCUACUAUUCCUUCUGGGAACGGGAUGAUGUCGACUCCAUCCGAGCUGCCUAUGACUGGCUGACCGAAUACAUCGCCAAGAACGGCCCAUACGAUCUCGCGCUUAUGUUCUCCCAGGGUUGUGUGCUAGGCUCUACUGCUCUUCUACUCCACCAGGAAGAGACACCCCACCUCCCACCGCCCUUCAAAGCUGCUAUUUUCGUCUGUGGAGGCGCAUCAUUGAUCAUGCUGGAGGAGCUGGGUUUCCAUGUAUCAGCCGAGGCGCGCGCGCGCGAUGCUGCAUCUAGGACUGCUUUGGCUUCGCAGGCUGGGUCUUCAGCUGUGCUGGCUCAAGGUUCCAGUCGCUGGACCGGUCUCGAGUCUUUGGACAGUGGAUUGUCGGAGGAUGAAUUGCGGGCUGAGAUUAGAAGUCCAUUCCGUAUUAACAUUCCCACUGCGCAUAUAUACGGUGUCAAGGAUCCUCGGUAUGUGGCUGGCGUGCAUCUUUCUGGAAUCUGUGACCCGGAGAAACGCCGCACGUACGAUCAUGGUGGUGGGCAUGAGAUUCCGCGGACGGGUGCUGUCAGUGAUAAGAUCGCGGAGAUGUUCCAAUGGGCGGCUGCCCAAGGGGCUGUUUGA